AUGAAGGUGCUGACUCUUCUGUGCUUUUUCUCGGGCCUGAUUUCUCAGUGUCUCGCGUUAGCACCCGCAAGAUCGACAUAUUUCAACCCCGUCUUGACCGGGUGGCACUCUGAUCCCUCAUGCAUACGCGUGGACGACAUUUUCUUCUGCGUCACUUCGACAUUUGAGUCGUUUCCGGGGCUCCCCAUCUACGCCUCCAAAGACCUCAUCGACUGGAAGCUAGUGAGCCAUGUCUGGAAUCGCGAGAGCCAGCUUCCAGGCGUCAGCUGGAACACGACGCAGCAGCAGCAGGGCAUGUACGCAGCCACCAUCCGCCACCACGCAGGCGAGUUCUGGGUCGUCUGCGAAUACCUAGGACUACCCGUCGGCAACAUCGGCGUGUUGUUCCGAACCAAGAACCCCUUUGACGAGACGAGCUGGAGUGACCCGCUGCGCUUCAAGCCCACCAAAAUCGACCCGGACCUCUUUUGGGACGACGAUGGCAAGCUGUACGUGGCGACGCAGGGCAUCAUCCUUCAGGAGCUGAAUCUGCAGACUGGGGAGCUGAGCGAGCCACCCGUUUCGCUCUGGAACGGGACUGGGGGAGUGUGGCCCGAGGGACCUCACAUCUACAAGAAGGACGGCUGGUACUAUCUCCUGAUCGCCGAAGGUGGUACUGCCACCAACCAUGCCGUCACCAUGGCCCGGUCCCGCAGCCUGACGGGACCCUACGAGCCACACCCAGAGAAUCCCAUUCUGACCAACCGCAACACCGACGAGUACCUGCAGACAGUCGGCCACGCCGAUCUCUUCCAAGACACCAAGGGCAACUGGUGGGGCAUGGCGCUCGCCACCCGCUCCGGCCCCGGCUACAAGACGUACCCCAUGGGCCGCGAGACGGUGCUGUUCCCCGCGACGUGGGAGAAGGACCAGUGGCCGCGGCUGCAACCCGUGAGCGGCAAGAUGACCAGCGCCUGGCCAUUGCCACCGAGAAGCCGGGCAGGACUGCCGGGCGACGGGCCCUUCAACGCCGACCCGGACGUCUACGACUUCCCACCGGGAAAGCCCAUCCCGCGGAACCUGGUACACUGGCGUGUACCCCGUGCUGGCGCCUUCACAGUCGGGCCCAAGCCCCACGGCGGGCUGCUGAUCGUGCCCAGCCGCGCCAAUCUCACCGGCAUCCCCUUCUCGACAGACCAGAUCGAGCUGAGCGGUCAGCGCGGCAUCUCCUUCAUCGGGAGGCGCCAGACGCACACGCUCUUUAGCUUCAGCGUCGACAUAGAGUUCAAGCCCCGCGCGGCGGGCCAUGAGGCAGGCGUGACUGUCUUCUUGACGCAGGUGAACCACAUCGACCUCGGCAUCGUUGCAUCAGAACCCCCAGCAGGGCCUUCGGGUAGUGGUGGUAAGCCAUCCCUGGCACUGCGAUUCCGUGCCAUCGGUACGGGUGGCGCGCCUCAGCCCAACGUGGUGCCCCUGCCGAGUCCCUGGCUCCGAAGCGAUGGCACCGCCUCAGUGCGUCUGCAGAUCGACACGCUCAACACCACGCACUACUCGCUCUCUGCCAUGCCUGUCGCGCCCGUGAAACCCGGCCCAAAGCUAGUAGUCGGUACCGCACCGGCUAGUCUUGUCAGCGGCGGGAAUGGAUCGUUUGUGGGGAGUCUGGUAGGCGCUUAUGCUACGUGUAAUGGGGCAGGCACUGGCUUGGACUGCCCUGCUGGCGGUAAUGUGCUGGUCAAGCGAUGGCGGUACACAGGUCUUGCGCAGUACUUUUCUGCCACGGACAGUGUGCCCACGUUGUUGCCUUAG